GUUUAUGAUUCAACCAGCGGAUAAACAAUCCGAUGGGAGCCGACUGAUUCCCAAAAGACUAUGGCUUGUCGUGAAAGAGGUGCGACUCGGACCCCACACCCUCACCGAAGGAGACAUUAUCAAACUUGGUCGAUUCAAAUUGCGUGUUCGGCAGCUAUGUGCAGAUUCCGAAGAUCAACUG